CCACACGCGUCGUCUGGUCACAUUGGCUGACAGACAAAAAGUUUUGUAAUCACACAAAAAUUAAGACCACUGUCGUUUGUCGUGAACCGACCACCGGUCUAGUAGUUUUUCAGGCUUGCCCAGCCGUCUAUCCAAAUUUCGAACAGCAGAGUUCCCCCAGCGCCAGACAGCACCAGCAACACCUUCCUCCCCAGCAGCACACGCAUCAAGAAUGGCCGGCUUUGUCGACAACACCCGCGCCACGGAGGAUACGGAGGUCAAUGGAUGGAUCCGAUUUGGCUUGCGGCUAGGCGUCAGCGCAGCGCUGCACCCCUUAGAGUACUCGAAGACGCUGAUGCAGCUGGGCUACGAGCCGAUCGCCCCACGUCCGGGCAAGUCCUUCUUAGGCAAACCAGUGAUGGAGCUGCCAAACAUUUUUCAGUACGCUGGUCAUAUACGACGUAUCGACGGCUUCUACGGCUGCUACCGCGGACUCGCACCGAAACUGGUUGGCUCCAUUGUGGCCCUAGUGGUGAGCGAUCGAGUUGCCGACAAGCUGGGUCUGGUGCAGCCCGAGGAAAUCAAGGACGAUACACACUUGUCCGAGGAAGACAUGUACUUCCAGUUUAAGUCGAGUCUGAAGCGUGAUAUUGUGGUGACGGUAACCGGAAUAGUGGCCUCGCAUCCUUUCCAUGUGAUCUCGCUGCGGAUGAUGGCGCAGUUUGUGGGACGCGAGUCCCUGUACACAUCCAUUAUCGGAUCCGUGGCCGAAAUAUGGAAAACUGAGGGCAUUACGGGUUUCUUCGCUGGUCUGGUACCAAAGCUCUUGUGCGAUGUGGCCUGCCUCGUGCUCACCAGCUCCACCGUCUACAUCCUCAAUAAAUACGUCAUCAAGGACCCCCUGGGAAGGCAGUAUAAUGCCGGUUUCACCCAAUUUUUCGUGUCCACCAUGUUGUACCCCCUCCAGGUGGUGUCCACAUGCUCGGCGGUGAGUGGAUCCCGCCUGCUAGCCGGUCAGCCGCCUAUUAUGCCAGCCUACAAGAAUUGGGUGGACUGUUGGAACGAUCUGCAAGCCCGUGGCGAUCUAAAGCGCGGAAGCUCUCUCUUUUUCCGGUCGCAAGCCGUUAGAUCGCCAGUUAUUACCACUUCCUUUGCGCCUCUGCCGAAGCUGGCACGGUACCAGUAGACGCAGCCUUGUGACUAGAGACGACCACAAAGAAACCUCUCCGGACAUCCCGCCACAACUACAACUGAACACGCUUAGCUGCGUUUACCCAGCAUUUCGACGGAUCCCUGAUCCAACCCCAAGACAACUGCAUUUGUUCAAUGUCCCUCGAUGAUACUACAAGUAUACCAAUAAGACUUGAAAUAGUAUCUGCAUUUCCAUCGUGGUCGCUUAGUCUCAUAAACCAUAUCCUUUGGUCCGUUCCUUCUUAGUUUUUGCGUUUUCGUGGCACUGAAAGUUGAGCUAAGCAAUAUGUAGAAGGCUAGCUUGUCCAGAUCGUGUAUACUUUGCGACAUGAUCCUGUUAUUCUUUUUUUCAUGCAAGAACAAAUAAACUUUGACCCUUCUGAGGAUGUUUCUUUUUCUUAAAACUUUAA